AUGAAGAUCUUGUUCGUCUGCAUAAUGCUGCACAAGCUAUGCGUCGCGGAUUCAUCGUCGUCGGUUCUGGCUCGAUGGCAGGAGGAGCAACGCUGGCAACAGCAGCACCCUACACACGUCGAAACGUCCAUGGAACGGGACGACGAGACAACCUCCAACCAGUUGUUUACCUCGUGGAACGGAGACUCACCGUUGCUCUACGAAACGGUGGCUACGGAUCAAGAGAAACGAGUCCCGUCGGCCUGCUCUUGCGAGUCUCAGUACGACAUCAAGGAUCUCGGGGAGGGUCAUUAUCCGAGAUACUUGACCACGUCACGCUGCAAGCCGAAAACCUGUCAAAGCAAAUUUCACGCGUGCAGGUUGAUCCACUAUAUGGUACACGUGUUGAAGCAGCGCGAGAUGAACAGUUCACCGUCCGAGGAUCGGUACUCGGAGGAUGCCGCGUUGCUGGAAACCCCGCUUCCAGAAUCGCUUCGUUACAAGUGGCAGCUGAAGCCGAUGUCGGUGGCCGUCGCUUGCGUGUCAGCCUUGCCCAACAGACGAAACUGA